GCACUGAAGAGACAUUUGUCGUCAAUUUCGUCCAUAUUUUCAGUCGUGAUCUCAAAGUAAACGAAAGCAAAGGAUUUGGUUUGAGAUUACAUUAGAGGACAUCUUCAGCGAAAUGUCACUACAAGUGCUUCAUCUGCCGAAAGGCAUGAAAGCGAUGCUUUUAGUACGAAAGAAGAUGAUGGGAUCCAUUGGAACCGUUGGUUGCAAUGAAUAUCACGGGAGAUCUAAGAUCGGCAAACGAGAGGUCGUGGGCUUUGGUCUGAACGGAUCGUUCACGUACUUCGACGCCCCGGACAUCCCGAUGCCGGCCAUCCGCUUCAGGGAACCCAACACUGAGAUCACCGCUCUUCGCGAGAAGGAGAAGGGAAACUGGAAAGAGCUGACCGUCGAUGAGAAAAAGAAGUUGUAUCGGUACAGCUUCUGUCGGACGUACGCCGAGAUGGAGGCGCCCACCGGCGAGUGGAAGUCCAUCACCGCCGGAGUGCUGGCGAUCGUGGCCUCUGCCUUCUGGCUCUAUGUGUUGCUCAAGAAAUACGUGUAUGGGCCGAUGCCUGAGUCCACUUCCCUGGAGUGGCGUAAGAAGCAGAGGGAUUGGAUGAUACUCUGGAAAGUGAACCCAAUUGAAGGCAUUUCAUCCAAAUAUGACUACGAGAACAACAAAUGGAAGGAUUAGCCGAAGACUCGACUCAAUGAAAGCAGAGCUAAAGAUUUAAUUAAUUGUUUUCUGUAUGUCUGUAAUAAUCCUUAUAUGAGUUCCACUUAUUUGACUCUAUGUUACGAAUAAAUGUAUUGUUAUUUUAGUUAUAAUAAUAAGUAGUAAUUGAAACAAAAGCCGUUUUUAUCGCAAAAACGUAUUUCACUUAAAGCUUUUGAUUAGAUAAGAGCAUUACUGCCAUUAAAUGCAAAGUUAAAUAUAUUAUUCAAAAUUAAUUUUUAAUCAAUUAUUUAAAUAUGUUUUUAUUUGAAUGGAGAAAAAUAAAUACGAAUAUUUGAAAUUGUCUAAUAAAUA